AUGCCUCACAUAGACAACGACGUCAAACUGGACUUCAAGGAUGUCUUGUUGAGGCCCAAACGCAGUACCCUUAAGUCUCGAAGUGAGGUGGAUCUCACAAGAUCAUUUUCAUUUCGCAACUCAAAGCAGAUGUACACUGGGAUCCCCAUCAUUGCUGCCAACAUGGAUACUGUGGGCACCUUUGAAAUGGCCAAGGUCCUUAGUAAGUUCUCCCUCUUCACUGCUGUCCACAAACAUUACAGCCUGGAGCAGUGGAAAGAGUUUGCCAGCCAGAAUCCCGACUGUCUUGAGCAUCUGGCUGCCAGCUCAGGCACAGGCUCUUCUGACUUUGAGCAGCUAAAACAGAUCCUGGAAGCUAUUCCCCAGAUGAAAUAUAUAUGUCUGGACGUGGCAAAUGGCUACUCUGAACACUUUGUUGAAUUUGUAAAGGAUGUACGGAAACGUUUCCCUGGACACACCAUCAUGGCAGGGAAUGUGGUAACAGGAGAGAUGGUAGAAGAGCUGAUCCUCUCUGGUGCUGACAUCAUCAAAGUGGGAAUCGGACCAGGCUCUGUGUGUACCACCCGGAAGAAAACUGGAGUCGGGUAUCCACAGCUUAGUGCAGUGAUGGAGUGUGCAGAUGCUGCUCAUGGCCUCAAAGGCCACAUCAUUUCAGAUGGAGGCUGCAGCUCUCCUGGGGAUGUGGCCAAGGCUUUCGGGGCAGGGGCUGACUUUGUGAUGCUGGGUGGCAUGCUGGCUGGGCACAGCGAGUCAGGUGGUGAGCUCGUCGAGAGGAAUGGCAAAAAAUACAAGCUCUUCUACGGAAUGAGUUCUGACACAGCCAUGAAGAAGUAUGCGGGGGGCGUUGCUGAGUACAGGGCCUCAGAGGGAAAGACGGUGGAGGUGCCCUUCAAAGGGGAUGUGGAACAAACCAUCCGAGACAUACUUGGAGGCAUCCGUUCCACAUGUACCUACGUAGGAGCAGCUAAGCUGAAGGAGCUGAGUCGGAGAACUACCUUCAUCCGCGUCACCCAGCAGAUGAAUCCAGCCUUCAGUGACUUGAGCUAG